AUGAAGGCUUCGGGAACACUUCAUGAGUACAAGGUGGUGGGGCGCUGCCUGCCCACCCCCAAGUGUUGGACUCCACCACUUUACUGCAUGCACAUCUUCGCCCCCAACCAUGUCGUUGCCAAGUCCCGCUUCUGGCACUUUGUGUCACAGCUGAAGAAGAUGAAGAAGUCUUCUGGGGAAAUUGUAUACUGUGGACAAGUGUUCGAGAAGUCCCCCUUGCGUGUGAAGAGCUUUGGCAUCUGGCUGCACUAUGACUCCCGCAGUGGGACUCCCAACAUGUACCGGGGAUACCAGGAUCUGACCACUGCAGGUGCUGUCACCCAGUACUACCGUGACAUGGGCGCUCAGCAUCGUGCCUGGGCCCACUCCAUCCAGAUCAUGAAGGUGGAGGAGAUCGCAGCCAACAAGUGCCACCGACCUCACAAGCCACGGUUCACCACCAAGUGGCCAAACACCUUCUUCUAG